AUGUCAAUUGAUUUAUAUGAAAGUUAUGGGUCUUCUGUAACUGUAUCUGAUAUUGUAUUAGUUUCUGAAGAUUCAGUUGAAACAAAUGGGGGUGGAAUUGAUUGUUUACCAAAUGAAGGACAAUUAAAUAUUUGGUUUCUGAAAAUUAUUUUAGCAAUUGAUGAAGAACCAUAUGAAACUAUUCAAGGUAUUCAAAAUUUUAAUGAAAUGAUGUGUUACUAUCUACGUUCAAUUUUGAACAUUAUUCAUCUUGAAGAUAAUGUUUAUCGUUUUACUGCAUUUAUGUCAAAUAAUAGAAUGGAUUAUAUUAUUAAGAUUAUAUCAAGUAAUAUUAAUGAACAAGGUUUUAUAUUUUCAGAAGAGCCAUUUAAAGAUACUUACAGACUAGUUUGUUUGAUUCUACAUUUAUUAAGAAAAUUUGAGAUCAAAAUCAAUAUCAAUUUAAUGUAUGGAUUAUUAGAUAGUUUAUUAAAUUUACGCACAUUAAAAUUGGUUGCAAAAAAAGAUGCAUUCGCAAAUGUCAUAAAUAAUUUGAUAAACAAAAUUUUGAAUGAAUUAGUACCAGCUCCAAAAUUAUUUGAAUUAGUCAAGGUUCAUUUGAGUGCUUGUCAACAAUUGGAAGAAGUUGAUUUUCUAGUAAACAAUGUCAUGUCCUUGGCAAAGAGUUAUCUUGAACAUGUGAACAUUUUACUUGAACCAGAUAAUGAACAAAUUAAAUUAUUAUUUAGAGAAAUUAUGGUAUUAUUAGUUGAUAAAAAUUACCAUAAUUUAAAUAAACUAAAUUACAGUAUUUUAAAACAACAAUUUAGAAAAAUUAAAGCUCAAUUUAGAUCAACAUUGAAUAAUAAUAAAUUUGCUUCACUUGAAUUACAAAAUUCAGAUUUUUAUCAAUAUAAUUCAUCAAUAGUUGAGAAAAGAAGAAAAAUUAAAGAGUCACAAAAUAAUUCCAGAGAAGAACAACAGGAAGUACAACAGGAAGUACAAGAUUGGGUUCCAAGUUUCAUUAAUGGAAAUAAUUUAAAAAAUAUUGAAGUUUCAGAUCCAGAUGAUGAGCAAACCGAAAAACCCAAAUCAAGAAAUCCACUUAAGAAACUAUUUAAAAAUGAAUCCCCGAAGAAGAAAUGGUUUCACUUUCAUAAAAAUAAAGAAAACUAA